AUGACAUCCAACGUUUCGCCACACUGUCUGACAGAACGUCAGAUGAUGUUAGCGGUGAACGGUAUCGAACGACUGUUUAUCGGUACUGUGGUGCCGAUUCUAAUAGUAUUCGGAAUUAGUGGGAACAUACUCAAUCUGACCGUGCUGUUGACACGAGAAAUGAGAACGAGGUCAAAUGUUCUGCUGUCGUGCCUUGCCGUCGCCGAUAUUGUUUUUCUUGUGCUUAUGCUUCCGCAUUCGCUCGCUCACUAUCGGAUCUUCUACUAUAGGUAUUGGUUUCGACGGUUAUACCUAGGAAACAAGAUGCAUCUACUUGCAGUUCUCAAUUGGGCAUCAGCAGCCGCUAUAUGGCUAAUUCUGGUGAUCUGCUUGGAACGCCUAAUGGGCAUCAUGUACCCGUUAUCGGCUAGGCGUCACAAAAAGUCGUCAAAAACUGCCGUCAUCGUCACGAUUAUCAUUGUGACCACUGGCGUUUUGACUUCGUAUAAUCAUUUCACAUAUUUCUGUCUCUCGAAAUUUUUUUGCAAUGGUUCACAAUUCCAUGCUCACUGUAUUCGAAUUGAUUCGGAGAGGUGGAUCCGCAACCAAACAAACCCAUACUCGGACUUUAUGAAGGCCGUGGCUCGUUAUGGUCCGCAAGUGAAUGCUUGCGUGGUGGUAAUUCCAAUCAUACUCGUGUUCAUCUCUAAUGCUAUGCUCAUUUAUACGAUAAGACGAAGGCAAAACCAAUUCAUAGCACAAAGCUCCAUCAAGUCCGAGUCCCAUUUGUCCGGCUCUCAAUCUAGAACAGAACAUAAAGUGACCACGACUGUUUGUGCCAUAGUGACAUGCUUCACGAUCACUCAGGGUCCUUCUGCUUUUAUCACGUUCAUGGCGGAAUACUAUCCAAUCAAGAACGAGUUUAUGAUUGCAGUGACAGCUUUCAUUUCAACCAUGGUGGUGCUUGGGAAAGCGCUUAACUUCGGGAUUAUUGAAGAAAACAAGCAGAAGUCAGUCGAUAGGAGUUGUUCGACUUCCUGUAAGCAGCAGGAAAUUCGAAAAAGCCAUCUUGAUCCAGAAAGCACCGUGACAGGAUACCGGAAAGCGUCCACAAUGACCGGUACGACGACGCUUGAAAGUAGCUCGUCGAGACUUCGAUCUACAACACAAUCACGCAGUGAACAUAUAAAAACUCGUACCAGGAGUCAAUGUAUGACAGAACGGGUACCGCUACGAGAAUUUAAAAGAGGAAUGAGCAUUUUAUGA